CAACAAGCUGAAGAGAAGCACCUUACAUCUUGUGAGACCAUGCGAAUUGGUCGGUCUUGGUGGCCCUGCAAGUUGUCAUCACUGACUAGAAAUGCCGUGGGCGAUCUUGAAUCCUGAUAAUCAGAUAAACGUCCACAAGGAAUGCUUCCGUGUCGCAUAUAUGGUUGACCUCUAACGCUUGCAUAUAAAACUCACACUUAUCCCUGUUCUAUCAGAUAAAUAUGGAAUCAUCAUAUACCUCCACUAGACUGGUCGUCACGGGAGGUGUAUCCCACGGUAUUGCUAUAGCGUGUACCAUCUUCAGGCUUGUUUACAGAGGUUGGACGCAUCACAUCUGGUGGGAAGAUGCAUGGGCAGCACUUUCGCUGAUCUCAGACGUUCUCUGCCUGGCAUGCAUCUGGGUCUAUCCCUCGCCAAAAUUACCAUCCUGGAUCCUCGCAGUGGCUUUCACCUCCGUUUUGUGGGCGGCACGCAUGAGUAUGAUUUUUUCCAUCAUCAGAAUUUCCAACCAUUCAGGCUGUAAAGUCCACAAAUGGAUCUCUUAUCUCAUUGCAUUAUCAUUUCUAUGCAUGUGGAUCGCACUGCUGGUUCAGAAGAUCAACAUAUGCAUAUUCGACGCGUGCCAAAUGUCUGAUUCUGUGGCCCUCUCGCAACUGAUCACGGACGUUAUUGCGGAUUGUGCUCUCGUCGCUGUGCCACUACAACUCUGGAAAAAUGUAGGGCUCUCGCGUAGCAGAAAAAUAUUGGUCCUAUCCUCAUUCGGCACUUCGAUUCUAAUCACUGCCUUGACCAUCCCUCUCUCUGUAGUGCUCUUUUAUCCCACAAUGUUAUUCGGCACUGCGCUCAUCUUCGCGCAUGUCAGGGCUGCGGUCAGUCUUAUUGUCUGCAACGUCCUGGUGAUUGUCACCUGUGCAUACCGCGUAUUGUUGAAAGAGAAUUGUGAUCUUGACCGAUCUUUGACAUCGCCCGGAAUAUUCUCGACUGUCAUCUGGACGCAGUUCCCCAUAAGCACGUACACUAUGACUUCAACCUCGCAGACGACGACGGCGCGGACGAAACCGCAACCAGAUGAUACAAGUAUGGUGAGCGCUGAAGAGGGCGCUAAUGCUGAGGGAAGCGGAAAUGUGAAGGCAAGCAGUGAUCGAUAGCGGAGGGAGUUGCCAAUCAUGGCAGCGCGUUUUUUCAUCUCAUUACAUGUACAUAGUGUGUGUCAAUUAUUAUCUAACGUACAUGAUUAUACACAUGAAUCACUAAUAGCAACUUGUUAUCGUCAAGGGUGUUUUUCUGUGUGUAGCUCCUCCAGCACACCACUUUUUGCGCUCUUCAUGUUUCACAGGUCAUGGAACACUCCAAAGCAAUUUUUUGUACCCUCGACAUGAUCUCGGUAGUGAAUUUUUUUUGGCUACGUGAUCAAAAUCCGCCACCUCGUGGUACUCGUCGUCCACAAGGGGGAAAAUGCUCUUAGCCGAAGCUACUAUUAGCGAGAACCGUCACUUUGCCCCACCAAGACUUUGCCUUGUUCCAAACAAGACCUCGUGACCUAUACCAUAACGUUAGUGUAUCGAAAUACAUCAUGCGCUUCCC